GAUCAGUUCAGUUGCGUCUCAGUAGUUUUUGUUCAGACUGCAGAAUCUUCAUCUUCAACUCUUUGGACUGUUUGAAGAAGCUAUGAAGGUGUGUGUGUGAGCUGAUGUGGACGUGAAUUCAGCAGAAUGGACCAGUGUGAGGACGGAGAGGACGGAGUCCCUCCCUCUAAAACCUCUCUGUGUGGGGAACAUGAGAGUCGGAGCAAAGCUCAGAGGAAUCAACCUGGACCUGGACCUGGACCUGUAAAGAGUGUCCCUCAGAAAGGAGACUCUCUUGAACCUGAACCCAGCUGUUUGUCCUUGAAGAGCGACCACUCAAAGGGCAGGUUCGUUAACUUUAAAGGAGACCAACGUUCUCCUUCAGAGAGAGUGGACCAGCAGAUCUCAGAGUCCCCCAGCGGUCCGUCUGUCCAGCAGCAUCAGACCCAGCUGGACUCCGUCUUUCAGCUGCUGGAGGACAGCAUUGUCCUGUUUGUGAAGAAUGAGCUGAAGAAGAUCCAGAAGGGUCUGAGUCCAGAUUACCCAGAAUCCCUAGAGCAUGUGUUGCAGGGUGAGGAUGAAGAGCAGAGGAAGAGCAGCAGAGAGGCGUUUGUGAAGAUCACAGUGAACUUCCUGAGGAGAAUGAAGCAGGAGGAGCUGGCUGAGCGUCUGCAGAGCAGUACUUUUGCUGAAGUUUGUAAAAAGCGGCUGAAGUCUAAGCUGAAAAAGAAGAACCAGUGUGUGUUUGAGGGGAUUGUUAAAGCAGGAAACCCAACUCUUCUGAAGCAGAUCUACACAGAGCUCUACAUCACAGAGGGAGGAACUGGAGAGGUCAACGAUCAACAUGAAGUCAGACAGAUUGAAGCAGCUUCCAGGAAACCACACAGAGCAGAAACAACCAUCAGACAGGAAGACAUCUUUAAACUCCCACCUGGAAGAGAUGAACCAAUCAGAACGGUGAUGACGACGGGAGUGGCCGGCAUCGGGAAAACAGUCCUAACACAGAAGUUCAGUCUGGACUGGGCUGAAGGCAGAACCAACCACGACAUCCAGUUACUUCUUCCAUUCACCUUCAGAGAGCUGAAUGUGCUGAAAAACAGAAAGUUCAGCUUGGUGAAACUUGUUCAUCACUUCUUCAGUGAAACCAGAGAAAUCUGCAGCUUUGAAGACUUCCAGGUCGUGUUCAUCUUUGACGGUCUGGAUGAGAGUCGACUUCCUCUGGACUUCCACAACAAUGAGGACCUGACUGAUGUUACAGAGUCCGCCUCAGUGGACGUGCUGCUGACAAACCUCAUCAGGGGGAACCUGCUUCCUUCUGCUCGUCUCUGGAUCACCACACGACCCGCAGCAGCAAACCAGAUCCCUCCUGACUAUGACUAUGUUGACAUGGUGACAGAAGUCAGAGGGUUCACUGACCCACAGAAGGAGGAAUACUUCAGGAAGAGGUUCAGAGGAGAGCAGCAGACCAGCUGGAGGAUCAUCUCCCACAUCAAGACAUCACGGAGCCUCCACAUCAUGUGCCACAUCCCAGUCUUCUGCUGGAUCACUGCUAUGGUCCUGGAGAAUGUCCUGGAAACCAGAAAGGGAAGACAGCUGCCCAAGACCUUGACUGAGAUGUACAUCCACUUCCUGGUGGUCCAGGCCAAACUGAAGAAAGUCAAGUAUGACGGAGGAGCUGAGACGGAUCCACACUGGAGUCCAGAGAGCAGGAAGAUGGUGGAGUCUCUGGGAAAACUGGCUUUUGAGCAGCUGCAGAAAGGAAACCUGAUCUUCUAUGAAUCAGACCUGAGAGAGUGUGGCUUCGAUGUCACAGAGGCUUCAAUGUACUCAGGAGUGUUCACCCAAAUCUUUAGAGAGGAGAGAGGCCUGUACCAGGACCAGGUCUUCUGCUUCAUCCAUCUGAGUGUCCAGGAGUUUCUGGCUGCUCUUCAUGUCCAUCUGACCUUCAUCAGCUCUGGAAUCAACCUGCUAGAGGAACAAAAGAACAUCUUCUGGUGGUUUAAAACAAGACCAGAGACUGACCUCUAUCAGACAGCUGUGGACAAGGCCUUACAGAGUCCCAACGGACACCUGGACUUGUUCCUCCGCUUCCUCCUGGGUCUUUCACUGGAGACCAAUCAGAACCUCCUACGAGGUCUGUUGGAACCAAAACAAAGAAGAUCACAUAACAAUCAGGAAACAGUUAAAUACAUAAAGGAGAAGAUCAGUAAGGAUCUGUCUGCAGAGAGAAGCAUCAACCUGUUCCACUGUCUGAAUGAACUGAACGAUGGUUCUCUGGUGGAGGAGGUCCAACGGUCCCUGAGAUCAGGAAAUCUCUCCACAGAUAAACUGUCUCCUGCUCAGUGGUCGGCUCUGGUCUUCAUCUUACUGUCAUCAGGAGACCUGGAGGUGUUUGACCUGAAGAAGUUCUCAGGUUCAGAGGAGGCUCUACGGAGGCUGCUGCCGGUGGUCAAAGCCUCCAAGAAAGCUGUGUUGAGUGGUUGUAACCUCUCAGAGAACAUCUGUCCACUUCUGUCCUCAGUUCUCAGCUCUCAGUCCUCCAGUCUGACAGAACUGGACCUGAGCAACAACCCCCUGCAGGAUUCUGGACUGAAGAAGCUGCGUCCUGGACUGGAGAGUCCACACUGUCACCUGGAGUCUCUCAGGUUGGAUAACUGCAGGUUGUCAGAGAUCAGCUGCUCUUCUCUGAGCUCAGCUCUGAAGUCCAACCCCUCCCAUCUGAAACAUCUGGACCUGAGUGACAACGACCUGCAGGAUUCAGGAGUGAAACAUCUGAGUGGAUUUCUGGAGAGUCUAGACUGCAGACUGGAGACUCUGAGGUUGGUGAAUUGCAGUUUGUCAAAGAUCAGCUGUUCUUCUCUGGUCUCAGCUCUGAAGUCCAACCCCUCCCAUCUGAAACUUCUGAACCUGAGUGAGAACCACCUGCAGGAUUCAGGAGUGAAACAUCUGUGGGGAUUUCUGGAGAGUCCAGACUGCAGACUGGAGACUCUGAGGUUGGAGCGCUGCAGUCUGUCAGAGAUCAGCUGUUCUUCUCUGGUCUCAGCUCUGAAGUCCAACCCCUCCCAUCUGAAACAUUUGGACCUGAGUCUGAACCACCUGCAGGCUGCAGAUGUGAAGCAGCUUUUUGAUCUGGUGAAGAGUCCAGACUACCAGCUGCAGACUCUCAGGUGGAGAAGGUGAGAGUGUCCAGGACAGAUGAGUCGUGUCCUGAUUGUCCUCAGAGUUGAAGCAGAACCAGUUUGUGUGGACAGACUCUGACUGGACCGUGAUGAUGAUGAAGAUGAAGAUGAAAAUGAAGAUGUACAUAGUUUCAGCUCAGUUUGUUUCUGUCUUCCAGUGUUUUACAAACUUCUCAAAUAUUCAUGUAUUUCAGUGGCAGUUGGUGUAGUUUUCUCCAGGGGAGCUGUAACAAACUUCAAAAUAAACAUAUACCAAAAAGCAAAUUAUGUACUAAAGUACCCCUUCUGUAUUUGAAUAAAUGAAAUCAACAAU